AUGUAUGCAGCUUUCUGCUGCUCUCUGCUCCUAGGAUCCCACUGCAAUUGGAAAAUACCUCUUGAUACUCCUGCUUGGCAUCUCCUUGCCACUCUGUUAUGUGUCAAGUGUAAACAUUUCAAUUCUACCAAGAAUUGUCUAACACAGUCAGGAUACUGUGUAGCCAGAAGAGACCAGAAGUGUCUCUUAUGGACAGUUACUUCAGAUGACUUUCUCAGUUAUGGGGCCCAGACAUGUUGGACCCAUUGUGUGAACAAAUACAUUAUUAGAGGAAGUGUGAGAUCGGAACAUAAAUGUUGCAAUUCCAGUUCUUUGUGUAACCAGUUUUAA